AUGAGAUUGUAUUGUAUGCUGUGGUACUGUGAUUGUAUAUGUUUGGUGACCGUUUAUAGUUUACUUCAUUACCUCUUUUCUAUUGUUUUCGUUGGUGCAUAUUCCUUAUUUGCAAAAUGUACGUUUAAUAAGUUGCCGGCAAUCCGCGAAAUCGUUGUGGAUUUAUCUAAAAAAUACAUUUUUUAGGAGAUUUUGUAGUACAAAAUAGCAAAUUUCUUUGUGUACAAGUUAUUGAUCCAAAUUUUUGAUCACAAUGGAGGAACCACCCUCAGAAGAAAGUUUAAACUCACGAUCGUAUCAGACACAACUAGAAGAAAUUGCAUCAAGGAAAAAUACAAUAAUUUAUCUACCAACAGGAUCUGGAAAAACCUAUAUUGCUAUUAGUCUUAUUGGAAGGUUCAAGAAAAGUUUGAGCGGAGAAUGGGGGAGUGGUGCAAAAAGAACCUUUUUUCUGGUCAACACAGUGCCAUUGGUGCAACAGCAGCAAAAAUGUAUAAUGGACUUGUGCCCUGUUAAUAAAGUUGCCGGUUAUAGUGGUGAAGAUAGAGUUGAUGUCUGGAACAAAAAUAAGUGGGACCAGGAACUAAGUAAUAAUGAGGUUAUAGUGAUGACAAGUCAAAUCUUAUGUGACAUGAUAACACAUAAGUACAUUGAGGUAAAAGAUAUAAAUCUAUUGAUUUUUGAUGAAUGCCAUCAUGCAAUAGAAGACCAUCCAAUGCGAAUGGUGAUGAAACACUUUGAAGCUUGCCCAAAAGAAGAACAACCCAGAGUGCUAGGUUUGACGGCUACACUUCUGAAUUCAAACAUCACCCUGUAUAAGGUUGAGGAAUCAUUGCGGCAAUUGGAAACGACUUUCCAUGCAACCAUCGCUACUGUAAAUGAGUUGGGAGAAGUUUUAACUUACUCGACGAACCCGACGGAGUUCGUAGUGCCUUACACCACCUACACAAUUCCUAUAAUCGCCGAAGAAGCUCUCACUCUGCUAAACGAACUCAAAUCUUUAGUUGAAAAUGUAAAAAUUCCAAACGUUCAAAGAAGCGAUGUUAAAUUGAAAAUGGGACAAAUUGACAUAAAAGAUCUUUCUAGAAAGAUUGUGAAAGAAGUAAGAAACAUGAUUGUAUCGAUUGAACAGUUUAUUGCAGAAUUAGGCAUUUAUGGUGGUAAUUUAAGUAUAAUCGCUUAUAUUAUUCUGUUGGAACAAUUAAAGAGAAAAGCUGUAACAAUAGAAGAAGACAAUUUAUACCGCUUCACAAUAACACAUCUUGUUGAGGUCAGGAUGAUUCUAAGCGACAUUAUGAAGAAUGAGACAGGAUUUGAAAGGAUUGUUAGACAUUCUUCAGACAAAGUACUUCACCUUUUAAAUAUUUUAAAUGAGUACAAUCCGGAUGUUGUGAAAAAAGGCACUCCAUUGAAAGUGAACUGCUCGAGGCAACCAAUAUCGGCAAUAAUAUUCACACAGAAGAGAUUUGCUGCAAAAAUAUUAUACAACUUGCUAAAGGACGUGAUUGAAGUGAAUCCACAAGAUUUUGGUUUCUUAAAACACGAUUUCGUCGUCGGCUUCAAUGUAAAUCCAUUCAACAAUACGAGGGAGCAAUCUUUCACGAAGAAACAAAGCCAGCGGGCGUUGCUGAAGUUUGUUAACAAAGAUCUGAACACUCUGAUUGCGACAAGUAUUAUAGAAGAAGGCAUAGAUAUUCCUCAAUGCCAUUUGGUGUUGCGUUUCGACCCGCCCGCGGAAUAUCGCUCGUACGUUCAAAGUAAAGGUCGAGCAAGAUCAUCGGAAUCGUCGUACGUAAUAUUAAUAUCAAAUGAAAAUAAAGCCAAAUUUAUGCGGAAAUACGAUGAUUUUCAAAAAAUCGAGCAACACGUGCAAAGGAUGUUGGUGGGGAAAACGGACAGUCGUAACGAACCAACGAACAAAGAUAUCAAAGACAAGUUAUAUGACGAUGAAGAGAUACCAACAUAUGUAACUGAGCAUGGAAAUCGUCUCUCCGCGCAGUCCGCAAUACAGCUGUUGCACAGAUACUGCUCCACGUUGCCGAACGAUCAGUUCACUAUUAUCGCUCCUAUGUGGAUAAGAGAGAAAGUUAUGCACCGUGGUUUUGAACAUGUUUUAAUCACAAUUUUAAUGCCUAUAGCUAGUACUAUCAAAAAUCCCAUAAAGGGGGAACCGAUGCUUGAUAAUAAAUCGGCGAAACGUUCAGCUGCAUUAAAUGCAUGCAUUUUGUUACAUAAGAGUGGAGAAUUAAAUGAGUUUACUCUGUUACCGGAAGCUUAUAGCCGCGUUAACUUCGACCAGUUGGAUAUAAAGCAAUGUUUUCCGAAUUGGCCGGAACAUGAGGAACGCAACAGUAAAGGAGUUCCCGCUGUCGGAACUAAGAAAAGAAUUCGCAAGCACGCUAAAGUCUAUCCCGCGGUACUGAAUGGCCCGUGUACCUGGGCGUAUGGGCAGAACACGUUCUACCUUCACAUAAUAGAGUUGAAGGCGGCGUUCGCGGCGCCGGCGGAGUCCCGCGAGCGCGCGCUCUACGAGCUGCUGCAGCGAGGGGAGGGCUACGGCUUGCUGAGCUGCAGCCCGCUGCCCCCGCUCUGCGACUUCCCCAUGUUCCUCGACCUCGGGGAGGUCACCACCUCCAUUCGAAUCAAUUACGCCAAGAUCGAUGUAGACUUGGAUUUAUUUGAAUUUAUCAAAGAAUUUCACUAUUUUAUAUUCUAUCAAGUUCUCGAGGUUGCCAAAAAGUUUCUUGUUUUCGAUGGUACGAAGAACAGCUUGUACGUUGUGCCUGUUAAAGACGACGGCAAUGGUUACGACAUCGACUGGAAUGUAAUACAACAGUAUAAAGGAAUCCCGCCUGUUGCAGUGCCCACUUUGGAGGAGCGCAGAGCGGUGAAGGCGACGAGGGAGAGCUACCAGUACAGUGUGGUGUCGCCCUGGUACCGCGCUACUAUCUUUCCGGACAGAUAUAUCGUGUCCGACGUACUGGAGUACAUGAGUCCGCAAUCGCUGUUCGGCACGGACACGUUUGGGACAUACGCCAACUACUACUCAAAUAAAUACAACUUGGAAAUAGAAGGAGAGAGAAGUCAACCACUGCUAGAGGUCCGUAGCAUCAGCACUCGCAUGAACUGCUUGCUGCCGAGGUCGGCCACCAUCAAGUCCCUGUCGGAGAAGCAGCGCAAGCUGAUCAGCGCGGCGCAGGGCGACGACAGCUCCAGAGGUUUUACCGAAAUAUUCAUACCCGAGUUCUGCAUAAAGUACGAAUACCCCGGCGUGUUGUGGUACAAGGCUACCAUACUACCCAGUAUAAUACAUAGGGUUCACAUGUUACUGUUGGCGGAGGAACUUCGUGUUGAAAUCGCAACAGCCACUAAAUACGGACAGUUGACAUUGAAUAAAGGCGAGAAAUGGGAACCGGUCAGAGUGAAUAUAGAGGUCGCGAAAAAGUCCCUGUUAUCUCAAGUCGAGGGCCCCGAAGAAAAGAUGGCCGCCCUCAAAAAUACCGUGGACAGAAUAAAUAAUCCGAUAGACGAGAGUGCGCGGAGACCUGUCGCGUUAAUGUCGAUGAAGGACAGCGUCUACCAGCUGCAGAAACGAGAGAUAAACAAGGAAUAUCCAUGGGAGGAAAACACGGAGCCUAUACCCAGCGCCGCCGCCAUACUGCCCCCGCCCAUCAUAUACAACGACAAGAUAGACAUACUGCUGAGGGAGCCGGUGGGCCGAGGGCCGGAGCAGAAAGACAUCCUGGCGGCGCUCACCACCAUCAAGUCUCAUGACAACUUUAACCUGGAGAGGGCGGAGACGCUGGGGGAUGCCUUCCUCAAGUUUGCGGCCAGCUUGUAUCUGUUUCACAAGUUCCCUACUCUGAACGAGGGACAGCUGACAAACAUAAAAGGCCGACUUAUUGGCAAUAGAAAUCUCUACUAUGCGGGUGAAAAAAUUCGUUUGGGCGGACGUAUGAAGAUUGAAGGAUUCAGUCCAAGAACCGAUUUUGUGGUGCCAGGUUUUCUUGCGCCUAAAGAAGUCCAGGAAUUUAUGGAAGAAAAGGGGAUUAGACCGUCCUUCCUUCUAGGCAUGCAGUUUCCACUGGAAGACGCGUUAAGUGGCAAGCUGUCCAGUGAGAGCAUCGCACAGAUGGAGAAACGAUACACGGAGUGUGACGGCGUGGCCGAGCAAGAGCCCCAGUGGGGCGCGCAGAACUCCAUGCAGUGCUAUGUCUCCGUUCAAGUCACCCACGACAAGAGUGUGGCAGAUUGUGUGGAAGCGUUAGUGGGCACGUAUCUCGUGCACGGAGGCGUUUUGGGAGCUAUCAAAGUGUUGGAGUGGAUGAAAAUUAUACCUGAGAAGGACGAUUUGGCGUCGCUUCUGACACGGCCGGUGCGGACAGUGCUGUCUACGAACCCCGUGCCGCUCACCGAGAUCGACUUCCUAUUGAAUUACAGUCGACAAGAAGUUGAGCAGAUAUUAAACUACAAAUUUAACGAUCCUACGCUUUUACUAGAGGCGCUGACGCACCCCUCGUACAUCCGCAACCGGCUCACGCGCUCCUACGAGCGGCUGGAGUUCCUCGGCGACGCGCUGCUGGACUUCCUCAUCACCUCGCACAUCUACGAGCAGUGCACCGACUUCAAGCCCGGCGACCUCACCGACCUGCGCUCCGCGCUCGUCAACAACGUCACCUUCGCGGCGUACGUCGUCAAACUCGGCUUGCAGAAAUACCUUCUGUCGCAGCUGAACCCAGCACUGGGCAGCGCCAUCAUGACCUUCGUGGAGCACCAGAAGCAGAGGAACCACGAGAUCACGGAGGACAUCCUCUACCUCAUCGAGGAAGAGGAAUGCCAGAUCGCAGAAUAUGUCGAAGUGCCAAAGACGCUGAGCGACAUAUUCGAGUCGCUGGCGGGCGCGGUGUACGUGGACAGCGGCGGCAGCCUGCGCGCGCUGUGGGCCGUGCUGUACCGCGUCAUGCACCGCGAGCUGCACGCCUUCGCGCGCCGCGUGCCGCGCCAGCCAGUCGCCGUGCUCUCAGAGAUGAUCUACGCCUGUCCGCACUUCGGAAAUGCGAUGGUGUGCAAGAGCGAGGUGUCGAAGGUGAUGCUGCCGGUGACGUUCACGAAGGACGGGCGGCAGCACACGGUGCACGGCGUCGGGCACAACAAGCGGCAGGCCAAGCGCGCCGCCGCCAAGCUCGCGCUCAAGGUGCUGGCGUGUUGAAAACAUCCUUCAUCUCAGGCGCCAAUUGGAACAUUUCAGUUUCAAAAAGUUACACAACAUACAUGCCCUGCACAUUUGGACAACAUUGCUUGACUUGAAACUGGACUGGCAUUUAAUUUGCAAGUGUAUAUUAACGCCAGUACAAUACAAUCAAUGCUUUGCUGUUAACCAGUACUGGUCAAGUGUGAACCGGGCAUAAACGGACGUUUUAUGUCAAUCAUGAAUUUUCAGAUUUAAUAAAAUCUGAAAAUAAACCAUGAAAUAUCUGGAUCUUAAGUAUUCUUAAGAUCCAGAUAUUUCAUGGUUUAUGCCUGCUUUAACAUGACAGUAACGUUCAAAGAGUGUACUGGCAUGUAAACACUGGCGCCGGUGAAUCCAGGCAUAAAUUAAAUUAUGAGGGUAGAUCAUUUGAGUAGCUUUUAUAUCUAGUUUACAUAUUUCUCAAAGGAUUACCUCCUAUUAGGUUGAAGACGAGUAUCUCGUUGUCUACACUGAAUUACACCGUUCUCUUCAAUUUAGGUUCUAUUUUUUUAAAUAUGUCAACGUUUGAAAUAUAAAACGUUAUUUUAUUAGAUAUUGUAACUGAUUUUAGUUUUAUUGCACGAUGUAACUCUCAAUGAAUUUAUUUAAGUCCGGAAUGUUGAAGGGUAACUUAAUUAUGUUUUUUUUUAUACUGGAAUUGAAUAGUUAUUUUUAAAACCCCUGAUAUUUAAAAAUGUUUUAAUAU